GCGUUGUAGCGUUGCCGUUUUGCCGGGAAACUUUGGGGCGGGGACUAUCACCCGCUCAGGACACCAUGACCGAGGUUGGGCCCGAAGGACAGAACUCCACCACCACUACUGUGAUAGACAGCAAAAAUGGAUCUUUGCCCAAAUCACCUGGAAAAGUGCUGAAAAGAUCAGUCACAGAAGACAUAGUGACAACCUUCAGCUCUCCAGCAGCCUGGCUUCUUGUGGCCGCCCUGAUCGUGACCUGGUCGGCUGUUGCUGUGGUGAUGUUUGACUUGGUCGAUUACAAGAACUUUUCAGCCAGUUCUGUUUCUAAGAUCGGCUCCGACCCCCUACGAAUCAUAAAUGAGGCGGUAGAAGAAACCACUGACUGGGUCUAUGGAUUUUUUUCUUUGCUGUCAGACAUCAUAUCCUCCGAUGGAGAUGAAGAUGAUGAAGAUGACAUAAAUGAUGAAGAAAUUCACAAGGACAAGUCUGAAAAGCAGGAGAAGCGUGAAAAGAAACCGCUACACAAAGUGACUCCCACGGAGAAGCCGGGAAAGAUAGUCCAGAGGGCACCGCCCAAAGUAACACCAAAAGGAAAACUUGAAAAAGAAAAACCAGUAAAGAAAGCAGCUCCCAAAGACAAACAUGAGAAGGAAGAAAAACGAGAUGUGAAAACACUCACCAAAGAAGACAAGAAAUCGAAGAGUUUGAAAGCCGAAGAAAGGUCUAAAAGGGAAGUGAAGGUUGGAAAAAUGGAGAAAGUAAAGCAGGCUGAAGCCAAGGCCAAAGAAGCAGAGAAAACACCAGCCAAAUCUAAAGGGAAGGAUGACAAGCUGGCCACAGCUCUAGACAAGGCCGAAAAGAAAGAUCAGUUUGCAUUCUGUCGCUAUAUGAUUGACAUGUUUGCACAAGGGGAUUUAAAACCAGGUACUCCAACACCAGUCUUGUAUUUUUCUGUUCUAAGCCUUUGUGUUGAGCCUUCUUUCUGUUUUAUUCACUAA